GUCUCUUUCCUUGGCCGUCAAGCACGUUGGUUGGCACCCGGGUGGCAAGAACAUGAAUUUCCUCAAGUCGCGCCUGCGCAAGCUGGGUACCUCGCCUGUGUACCAGAUUGGGCGCAGGCAGGUUGAGGAAGUCGAGCACAUUGCUAAGGGUGGCUUUGGGGAGGUUGUGCUUGUCCGCGAGACACAGAGCGGGCGAGAGUAUGCGCUGAAGAAGCUGACAGCCGGCAGCCGCGAAGAAGCUGCGAACAUCCGGCGCGAGAUCGAGCUGAUGGCGUCGCUGCCGCGGCACAAGAAUAUUGUGCGGUACCUAGGCUCGACGCAGGAAGUUCAUCCUAACGGCCGCGACGCCCAGUUUCUCAUUUUGAUGGAGUACUGCUCGUCGGGCCACCUGGUGUCCGAGAUGAACCGGCGGCGCGGUGCCCCGUUUGAGGAGACGCAGGUGUUGGAGAUCUUUGCGCAGAUGGUGACUGCCGUAGCAGUUCUGCACUCACUGGAUCCGCCGCUUAUCCAUCGCGAUCUCAAGGUUGAAAACCUGCUUCUGGGCGACGACACCAAGUGGAAGCUUUGUGACUUUGGAUCGGCGACAACCCGAGUGGUGACGCCGCGGACUGCACGGGAGCGUAAUGCCGCCGAGGAUGAGUUCAACGCGGUAACGACGCUGGCGUACCGGGCGCCAGAGAUGCUCGACCUCUACCGUGGGCAGCGAAUCGACACGCAGGUGGAUGUGUGGGCGCUCGGCGUCUCGCUGUAUAAGAUUGCGUUCUUCGAGUCGCCGUUUGAGGACUCGCGGCUGGCGAUUCUCAACAACUCGUACAAGAUCCCGAAGCGGUCACCGUACUCUGUGCGACUGCACAAUCUUAUUGAGUUCAUUCUCGUGCCCAAUCCGUACGAGCGGCCGGACGUGUUUGAUGUCCUCGACGCGGUCUGCGCACUUUUGGGGCGAUCUGCGCCACUGGAGCGGGUUCUUCCGCGUCCGCCCCCGCCCGAGGAUGACUUUUCGCGAGGGUCGUCAUCUCGCGGUAGCAACGGUGAGUCGAGUGGUUCGGGCAAGUCCGGCGGUCCUCCGCCUCGGUCGAGCAUCUUUGAGCUUGUAGGCUCGUCAACCGGUGGCCGUGCCCCUGGCUCGCCGGCACCAGAGCGUGAGCGGCCUGCGUCGCGGUCGCGAGUCUGCCCGCCCCAGCCGCCAUCGCCAAGAGGUGGAGGUGGUAAGAACCCAAGCGUGGUCGUGCCGCAGCUCUCAGGCGAAAACGGGAUGCUCAACGCGGGGAUGACGUUUGGGGCGCCCGGCGCGGCCUCAGCAGCCUGGCCAGGCACUGGCGCCGUGCCGUCACCGGGAGCGGCAGGGCCGGCCGGAGCGACAUCGCCGGCAUGGGCUGCUGCUGCCUGGCCCGUAACCGAGACCGGAACCGAGAGUCAGGCUACGCCUCCUGUGACGACGGGCUUUGCGGCGACAUUUGACAACUUCGAGGCUGCGUUUGGGGCACCGGCGGGAUCAGCGUUUGAGCCGAGCCCGGCAGCUGAAGCUCCAACGGCUAGUGUGUCGGCUGCCAAGCCCAGCGGCGGAUUGCUGGAUGGGUGGGACUUUGGAGGAGUUGCUGGAGGAGGUGCGGCAGAAGGAGUGGCAGCACCGCCUCCGCUGCUUGUCCGGGCCGACUCGGACGUGUUUUCGGGCGCUGCGCGCGCCGGUGUGGCCGGCGUCGACUCGGCAGCCGAGCCCGCGGGAGCGCGGAUGGUUCGUGCGGCGGCACAAUAUGGGGCUCAGGGAGCGCCCGGUCCGGAGCCGCGGAUUGUGCGGAGCGCAUGCGUUGAGGCUGAGCGGCGGGGCGGGGCGUUUGCGGGCGAGCUGCUGGGCGCGCUCGCAACACUGCCCGAGGUGCGUGGCGGGAGUGGUAGCGCGGCCAACGCGCUUGUUCUCCUUCAUCACGUCUUGCUGAGCGGAGCGAGUGGCUUUGUGGCCGAGGCGAGCAAGAGUCGGGUUCAUGCGGGGCUCUCAGAGCUCAAGCGGGCUCUGGGCUCUGGGGGCGGGGCGGGGAUGGUUGGGAGCUACAUUGACUUUCUCAGUGCCAAGCUGCGGGCGUGUGCCAAGCGGGCGGCGGUUCCGGCCAACUAUCGGCUUGACACGUACUUGGACGACAUUGCGGGGCGCGGCGGGGAGGUGCCGACCGGAGGUACGAAUGUGUUCUCGUGCUCGCACGUGGGCGAGCUGGCACGACUGGGCACCAUGUGCAGCGGGGUGAUGAGUGCGGUCUUUGCGCUGCAGACGUCACCAGUAACCGAGACGCUGCAAGGAGCGCUUGUGCCGUUGGUCGAGGAGCUUUUUCUCCUCCUUCAGGCGAUGCGGACGAUUCUGGACAGGAUUGCGGGAGCGGCAGGAAUUUCGGCGGCGGUGGUUGCGCGGUCGGAGGCGCAGUACGACGCGCUGGUGGGCGCGCUGGUGGGCGGAGUCGGGCAGGCUCGGUUUCUGCCAUCUGUGGAGCGCCUGCUCGAGCUUCCUGCUGACGUCGGAGCGGCCGUGGCGAGCGGCUCGCGGGUCUCGAGCCUACUCUCACGCAUCUUUGCUUUUGAUCCGGACUCGUCGGACGACGAGUUUGACGACUCGGGCGACAUGGGAGGGUUAGAGCUGGCUGUCGAAGGAGGGUACGGCAUGUUUGGCGACGAAUCGUUGAGCGGAUCGGGCGUGGGCAAACCUGCAACGCCGACCAGCCACCUCGAUGCCGUAUUUGGUUCGGCGUUUGGCAGCGAGCCGCCCAGUGAGGGCUCGACCGUGGGCUCGGUGUUGGGCUUUCCGUUGCCAGUGGCCAAGACGAGCGGGCACCGGCGGUCGGCAUCGGGCGGGGCAUGGCCGAGCUCGCCCAGUCCAACAGCGGUCAAGCGGCCGGCGUCGUACAACUCGCUGGUGGCGCUGGAACAGGCGUCAAUCGCGGCGGCCGGCGCGACGCCAAGGCGAAACUCGUCGGCCGCGCCGUGGCCCACAACUCCGACGGGAACGCCUACGGCGCCGGACCUGCUGGCGUUUCCGUCAACGUCGCAGCCUCAGACGGGCGCUUGGCCGUCGUCGCCAGGCGCGUCGUCGGGCGCGUCGUCGGGCGACGUGUUCAACUGGCAGUAAGCGGCUGGAGUGGUAAACGCAACAGACUGCG